AUAAAAUCAUAAAACAAUAAAAUAAAAAAAUAUUUAAAUUACUAAAUAUUUAGUAUAAAUUUAAAGUAGGCUGAAGUAAAAUUAAAAAAAAAAACAGGUACUAAAUAUUUAAUAUAAAUAAAAAAUAAAAGAAUUAAAUAUAAAUAAUAGAAUAUAAAUUUAAAAUGAAAAAAUCAACUCUUAAAAAAAUUAAAUUUAAAAAAACAUUCUAGUGGUAAAAUACUUAGUAUAAAUUUAGAGUAUUCUCAAAAAAUGAGAGAUAAUAAAAAUUGCAUACGAAAAAAGCGAAUCGCGUCAGCGGUUCAUUGCCAAAAGUUUGUUGUCAUCACAGUUGGUUGCUUGCAAAAAAUGUGCGACAUUAGCGACGCUGCUGCGGUAAACCGGAGCAGCCACGCGUACGAUUUCCUUUACGUUAACCGUCACAACAACAACUUCGCACCCCCUGGCACUGCCUAUUUCCGCUUCACGUACAUACGUGUGUAUGUACGUAUGUAGACACCGGAUGUCAAUGCUGACAGAGUCACCAAGAACGCUGCUGCUGUUGCUGCAGCUGCAUUUUAACACACACUCACAUCCAUACCAACAUUUACAUACACAUACACAUGUAUAUGCACUGCGGCGUGACGCUUUCAUUUUGCGGCAAUAAAUAAAUUUUCUGCGCCACAGGAGCCUAGCAAAGCCCAACAUUAAGGCACAUGACGCCAAGCGCUAGGAAAUACUCGUAAGCAGAUGAGCAGCGGUCGAAAGCGGGCGUUGAGGGGUAUCAACAAUGAAAUUCAGCGGAAAGUGACCAUUUUUGGCGGCAACUUAACAUUUUGGCUAAAGUUGAUGAGCUGAAACAACAACAAAUGUAAAAAAGAAAAUGACAGAAAAUUGGAAUCAAACACAGCACUUCGACUCGGGCACAAAUUUACUCUUACAUGCUUGCAUACAUACAUACAUGCAUAAGUUCAUACAUACAUAUAUACAAACACACAUACAUAAAAGUGCUUGUAUGAAAAAUAAACGCAGACUAAAAACUGCACGGCAGACUGUGGAGGGCAGACGUUAGGCGACAACCGUCAGGCGACACUAGUAGAGCGCAGAGCGGUUAGCAACUGUAUUGACAUACGAAGCUGCAUACAUAAAUACAUAUAUAUACAUACAUAUGCAUUUAGCUAUUUUUGCGGAUUGGCACUUGCACAACCAACACUGCGAUGGUGAAAUUUUUUGGUCUUCCUUUAUUGAUUUUUUUUCGGUUUUUGGUAUUGUUUUUUUGCUUUGUAAAUUAAAAAUAUUUCACGCCAAACAAAUUAUUAUUAAAUCAACAUUUUAGUUUAUGGCACUAUGGCCAACUUGACAUAGCCAAUGCUGUUUGUGCCUCCGCAUUUAAAACGGCUGCUGCUGCUGGGCGGAGUCAGUUGCCUCUGAAGCCACGAACAAACAACAACCAACUGGCAUUUCCGGCCACCAGUCAAAAAACGUUAGUUCUCGUAUUACAUUUUUAUGAAAAAAUAGAAAAUUAAAAAUGAAUUGAAAAGUCACUUGAUAAUUAAACGCCAAGCAGCAGUGAAAAAUUUGUGCAAAUAAAUAACAAGGACACCUUCAGGAGCGUGCCGUUUUUUAACAAGUGCGUGCGUGUCCGCUGCAGCGCUCGCUUUUACAUGCCUCGUUUCGUAAUUGCGCGCAUUUUGUGCAACCGAUUAACACAACAACAACAUCUACCAAAGAAAAAAAGCAUAGAAAAAAAUAUGCGCGCAGAAACUCUUUGUCUGAAUUUGAGCAGGGACUAAUUUUCGAAUGGAGAGGGAAGGCCCUUCAAUGCGAAAGGGUGCUCCAAAAUUAGAAAGAAGCAAAGCUGUAGUUCUGCAUCUGUACCAAGAAAAGUAGUAGUCCACCAAAACUUAGCGCUAGAGAUAUUCGGGAAAUCAAAAGUUAAGUUAGGAGGAGAAAUGGCUCAACAUGGAGGGACCUACGAUUCAACAGCGUUUAAAAUCGUACAAUUGCACUAGGAAAAUUGACACUGAGGCCAACUUAUGAUGCACAGAGAUUAGUCCCAUUUUUGGUUUAAUGGCUCCGUUACUAAGAAAAAUUGCCAUAUUUGGGCUGAAGAAUAACCCAUAGCCAUUCUAGAACAGCUACUUUAUCCACUGAAAACAACCAUUUGGUGCGGCCUAUGAGCUGGAGAAAUCAUCGGCCCAUAUUUCUUCAAAGACGAGGCUGGCCCCAUGGUAAGCGACUUUUUGAUACUGGAAAUUGAAGCCCGUGGUCUCCACAACAUUUGCUUCCGACAACAUUUGGUUACUGCGUCGCCGUUUCGGUGAAGAAUUUGUCGCUCGUCUAGAACCAGAGAUCCAGUGUGGAGUCUAAAUCGUUUGUGGACAAACUAGCUUCGAUUGAGAUAUUGGAAGCCAACACUACUGAAGUUAUUCCCGAGAUUCCGACCGAAGUCGUCCAGCGAGUCAUUUAAAAUCAGUGUUUACGGAUGGCCGAAUUACAGCGCAGUUGCGGACAUUGAAAGGGACUAUCUUUAAAAAAUAAAUGUCAUAAAUGGCUCUACAAAAAAAAUAACUGUUAUUUUAUUUCAAUUUCUAUUUCAGAUACCUCUAAAUGGAUCACCUUUUAGAACUUCUAAACGAAGUAUCUACUACCUUUUUCGAUGAUAACUUCAAUGAGGAAUGGAUUUUUCAGCGCGAGAGCGCAGCUACUCAUACUUCCAAAGAAUUAAAAGAGUUUGCGGCAGUGAAAAAAAAAACAAAUUUAGAAUGGCCAGAAAUGGCUGGUGGAGAGUAUUCUAACUUUGCAUGUAGCUACAAUGACAGAGGGGAGCAGCGCUGGUUACUACAAUAUGAACUCCACAAUUUGGCCUAGUAGUGAGCGCUUGCCGAACCAAAAAUCAAAAAUCAUAAUCAAAUCAUAUCAAAGCAACAAUCGCAACAUAGAAUAAAAUUCCAAAAAAGCAAAACAAAAUGUCGACUUCUGUACAAAAUUUUAACAAACCCGCAACUGUCGUCGACUGCACAGCGGUCAUCUUACCUACCGCCGUUGCCUCCAGCUCUGCUAUCCAGCAGCUCUCAUCCAUUUCGCUAAUGCUCGAGUACGACAUUGACAACACAUUGAAUACCAUCAAAGAAAGUGGUACCCAUCUGAUACACCAACAACAGCAGCACCAAAAGAAUAUCAAUCAACUGCCGGCAAUUCACAUAAAACGGCAAUCAGCAACAACGACCGCUGCAAAAGAUGCUACGGCGACAACACAACAUGGCGACAAUAUUACAUCGGAAGAUUUAAAAGAUAUUAAACCCGUGCUGCCACCUACACCGCCAGCUACGCCAAAUCUGACAAACACUGCGCGCAAACGCUGGAAGAUUUUGGCUAAAGUAUUGCGCAAGGACUCAGAGGAGACGGUCUCCUCGUCGGGCGAGGAGUUUGGCGAAGAGCAAACUGCCUCGGUGCGUCGAUUUAAGUCAUUCGAUUUGUUGCGUCAGGACAGCUUUGAAGAUCACAUGACACUGAAUUGCUUAGGCAAACCGGAGAAUUGGUACAAGUAUAGCGUGUUGCUCGACGGAGAUGGUCAGCAGGAGUUUACUGUGAAUAUACAUCACGUGGAGCGCCAGUUGACCGCUAGCGAUCUGAUGGGGUUCAACAAUACCGGCAACAUUUGUGUGUGGCCCUCGGAGGAGGCUUUAACCGCCUAUGUGCUGUCUAAUGUGGGCGCGUAUAGUGACAAAUGGAUACUGGAAUUGGGUGGCGGCUUUACAUGUCUGGCUGGGCUGAUGCUGUCCAAGUACGCCAAGCCGUAUGCGGUACAUCUUACCGAUGGCAACGAAGUGUCGGUGGAGAAUGUGAAGAAGACUGUGUGCUUGAAUGAGCUCUCCUGCUAUACAAAGUGCUCGGUGCUUAAGUGGGAGGAUGUGGAGGCGCGCGUAGCAGCUGAAGCUGGAAAAUUCGAUGUAAUACUCUCCGCAGAUUGUUUGUUCUUUGAUGAAGCGCGUUCCUCAUUGGUAGGGACAAUUUGGUAUUACCUGGCGCCCAGAGGUGAGGCGGUAAUAAUGGCACCAAGGCGCGGCAAAACGAUGGCAAUGUUUGUGGGCGAAUGUACGCGUCGGGGAUUCGAAGUGGACAUAGCACAGCGUUAUAAUGAUACCAUAUGGAAGCGACAUGAAGAUUUAAUGACAUCGUCCGAAUUGUAUGACGAGGAUUUGCAUUAUCCGGUGCUGCUGCGAUUGCGCAAGUCCAUAAUAAACACUUUCGACUGAAAGGCGAGCAAUUGAAUAAAUGUAGAAGAAAAGAAAAUAUUUUACAAUUACAACGUUAGGAACCAAUUUUGUAUUAUUCCAAUGAUUCCAAGCGCUAAUUCCGGAUAAAUGAAAAAAUAACUAAAUGUAUUAUAGAAAUUUGUAUAUCGAACAACAGUUUGUACAUUUUUGUCGCGCUUUUAGGCGCGCAAACAAGAUGGUAAAUGCUUUAAAAUAAAUAGUACACAAGUUCAAAUAGCUUUCCCCACUAAAAUGUAGGUACUUGAAAAAACUUGACUCAGUAGUAUAAGAUUUCAUGGCUUUCAUUGCUCAUUUGAUUCCAAAAGGCAAGAAAGCCACGACUCUCAGUGGCAUGAAAUGUGAAAGUAUCCUUUACGAGGUACAUAAACUGGUGUUAGCACCCAUGCGGAGACUCAUGUGGAUAUCAUUCUCAGCAAGUGAAGCAGUUUAAAUUACUUAUAAAAUUUAUGUCUUGCUUUAAUUGAAGUAAACUGCUUAUUUACUAAAAGUAAAUUAGUAGAAAUAAUAUUACAUUAACCUUUACUUGCAUACUUACAUAUGUUCAAAUAUGUCUUUUUCGUUUUUUGAAGUAGGCCACACAUCCUUAUGUUGAAUCCUAGUACCAACGAGAGUAUUAUUUUUUGCGUUACCUUGUAGAUUUACAGACAUACAUACAUAAGUAUACACAAAUGUGGUUACGUUGUUAGAAAAAUGGAUUUAGGGUAGUUUGAGCUAAUCAAGAUAUAGCUCGGAUAUUUUUAUUUUUAUUUCUAUUCCUGCUUUUAUUUUUAUAAUUUUUAAGUAAACAAAAUAAAGUUACGAGUACACAAAUACACGAAAUAAAAGUAGUUUCUUAUACAAAUCCACAAGUAAGGUAUCUAUCAGCUGACUCCCUAAUGAAGCACAGAGUGCAGUGCAUUCAAUGUCCUUCACAAAACUCAAAGGAGCAUUUAUUAAAAGUGGUGGCACUAGAUCAAAAACAAUGUUUUUUUACACAAAGUAUUGGCAAAAGUGGAAAACAUUAAAUGAAUUCGCCUUAUUUUAAAUUCAGUUGUUUAACGAUACCACCUUUAAUAGAUUCGCCUUGAAUACAAUAUGUAAAAAAUAUCAAAAAGCAAGUGUUAAAAAUUAAUAAAUAAAAUAAAUCUAUUCAGUUUACAUUUAUUUUUAAAUCACAAAUGUUUGAUCAUUUUUAUAUUGUGUCGUUUCCUCGAGAAAAUGUUACCCUUCCACGGUUCAAUGUUGCACUCAACCCCUAAUAAGACAUAUUUUUGAGGUUUGCCUUUCGACCUCAUAUUAUUUUAUAGGCAAAAUAGAGCUGGGUUGGAAUGAGCGUAUAGGUAUGUCUUUCUUUUGAAUAAUCCAGCCGAGAUUUCUCCAAAUUAUUCGCGCUAAAGCGUCACAUUCGAGAAAGAGGUGGUGGUGUAAAGCACAAAAUAUGCCAUUUUGAUACACCACUUGCAGAACCACUGCUUUUUAUUAGUUGAACUAUCAUGAUUUGACUAUGAAUCCCCUGUAUCGUCUAUUUUAUUUUCUGCAAUUUCUUUCAACCAUCGAGAAUUCCAUCAGCAUUCUAUUUUGUACAGCAACCAUACUCUGCUCGUGGCUUUCUUAACAACUCGUCAGAUUUGGAUUUGUUGAAAUUGGCCCACGUUUGUUUAGUGAUUUUUCAGGUAUUCAUGUUAGUCCAUUUGUCAAGAGCAGGCUACUGGAAUAGCGAGAAGAUCUCCCUUUUGCGCACGCCUUGGGGACGGCCUAUUGGGGACAUCUUAAUAGGAUGUGCUUCGGUAUAGGAUGCCCCCUGUCUUGCCAGUUCAUCAGCUUUUUCAUUUUCUUCUAUGUUUCUAUGGCUAGGUACCCAGGUGAGAUUGGUUUCUGUCAUGCGCGCUAAAGCAUUAAGUUCUAUUUGCACUGUCUGACGAUUUUUUGGUGUGCUGUAGUCUCCGGACACUGGUCGCAGAAGCGACAUGAGUCAGUGGACCAUAUCAAAAUCCUUCGCAGUCAGCCAUGGUCUGUGAGAAUGACAGUGGGCAUUCUCGGUUUAUCCUUAGGGAGGGUUAUGAGUUUCCUAAACCUAUUAUACACCCAGUAAGGACGUCGUCUAGUAUCCACAUAAUGUGAUAUCAGCUAAUAUAUUUUAGGCUUACCUCUUCACUCCUGAGCUUCUUCUAGAUAAUGUGUUGUCUCAUAGCAAGGAAGAGCUUGGGUCCUACUAGUAACGAGGCCGUGGGCGCAGGCAUCCGCAGUGAGAGUAUGUAUCUCUCUUUGUCUGGCACACUCACUUCUUAAUAUUAACGUUUCAAAUAGUCAGCUGAUUUUCAGUUUGGCUCUGACAGAAAACAAUAUGCUCGCCAACCAAUUGAUUCCAGAUAUAAUAAAACAAAAAAACAUUAAAUGAAUAAUGGUGUGGGAAUGUUCGAAAGAAGGAUUAGGUCCAAUGUUAUGGAUAAAAGGCAAAAUAUGGGCGGUGGCCUAUGUAAGAAUACCGGAUGGGAGUUUACGCAGGAUAGCUAUACCAAGCAUUCAUCAAAAUUAGGAAAGCAAGGAAGGAAAAAGUUAAUGAAGAAUGGCUAUCGCAGUCUCCAGACUUAAAUGUAUGUCAUCUGUCUGUGAGCAGAGAUAAACUUAGGCAGGAAUUUCUGGAAUGACCGAAUUGCCAAUCUGAGCGACAGUCAGGCAACCCUCAAGGCUCUAUCAACCUGUGAGAUUAAGUCCUCACUGGUUCUAGAGUGUAUCGAAAAACUGAAUCUGUUAGGAUGCAUGGCUAUUCUCUCAGAUCACUGUAGACUGCACAGCACAUGAUCGUGAUGUGGUACACUGAUUCUUGUCGUUUCUGCGUCCAAUCCCAGGAGACUUCAAUGGACACUCUCGGAUGCAGCGCUAUAAUGAGGAGAAGAUUCAGCCAUCUCGGCCAAUUGCAGUCAAAAGAAAGGUACAUACGCUUAAUCCGACCCAGUUCUAUCUUGAGUUUAAUAAGGGAACUGAGUCUAGAUGAGUUACUGUGAUGAGUAGAGGGCAAAAAAAGACCACAAGGUUGAAGCGCAAACCUCAAAUCAAUCUAUGCCUAUGUUUAAUUUGCAAUAACUGCAAUGAGUGCUUAGACUUGUGAGGCAUAAAAUGUAGGCAGUUUUCAAAAUUAAAAAAAAAAAAUGUUAACAAUUACAUGAAAAUAUUUGUUUCUAUUAUAUUUUUCAAUAG